UCAUUAACGUACGCAUUGGAACCCGCUGUAGGGAAAUCACCGGAGAGGACCCAAAUCCAUUUUCGCCGCUCCAUAUUCAAUUGGCACUCAUUCGCAUCUUCGACAAGCUUUUCAUAGCUAGCAGUCCGCUCCCAAUCGUUGAAUUCCUCACGCACCUUCAAAUCCACCAAUAUCAGUUAAAAUUGUAAUGUCCAUAUGCACGUCGCCUCUUCUUUUAGGCAUGACAGAAGUCACAGAACAACCAUUUCGACCGCGGGAGAAGCUUCUUGAGAGGCAAAAAUAUUUCCAAAACGUCCACAAACACACGUACCUCAAAGGACCAUUUGAUAAGAUAACCUCUGUUGCCAUUCCAGUUGCUUUGGCGGCCACUUCGUUAUUUCUUAUUGGACGAGGGAUCUAUAAUAUGUCACAUGGCAUUGGAAAGAAAGAAUGAGGCAGCUCAGAUUUCAUAGUUUUUAAAUUCCUGAUUUGGAGUAAUGUUUUCUUGAAGUAUCUCGUUUGUUCCCUCUAAUAAAUGCUACUUGCAGAAUUGUUACUACCAAUGGAAAUUGGAACUUCAUCAUUA